AUGAAAGGCAGCAGAUCUCCAACCAUCUCUCAUGUGUUUUCAUCAGGUUUUAGUGACCCGUACUGCCUCCUGAUGGUACUGGAAGAUGAGAAACAAACUGAAACCAGCAGCCCUAAAGCCAAACCAAGUAAAUAUGUUGCGAAGGACACCGUGUCGCACGAGAAAAUCUGCCAAACAGAGAUCAAAAAGCAAACCCUGAAUCCUAUUUGGAACCAGACCUUCAUCCUAGAGUUUAAAGAUAUAACCAGCACCAGCUUCCACCUGGAGAUGUGGGACAAGGAUGAAGAGGUGUCGCUCACCCAGAAACUCGAGGAAAUCAAAACCAACUUUAACAGCUUGAGAAGGAUGAUCAAAGAGGCCAAAAAGGAGAAAGGCACCGAUGACUUUUUGGGAAAUAUUGUCAUAAAACUACAGAGAGAUGGCACACUGAGUGCGGGUCGCAGUGCUUACAUUAACUACUGUGGGAUUCUGCAGCAGUGUGUCCAAGCUUACAUCUCACAGCAGAAGAGCUCGACUCCAUGGAGAGGAGCGUUGUGUGGCGAGGCUCAGACUCUACUCGAGUUUUAUGCUACGCAGAACAACCUGUCUCCUUUUCUGCAGGACCUGGCGAAGUGGGUGGCGUACAGUAAACUGUACCAGAGUUUAGAGGUGGACUCAUCGGUUCUGUUCCAGCAGAUCACCAGUAUAGAGUACCACUGGCACCAGCAGGAGCUGCCCUACCAGCAGAAACAGGAACUUGGGGAUUCUCUUCAUGGUUUCCUGCAGUACGGUUUAUGUCUGGUGGCCAAAUACAGAGACAUCUUCCCCCCGAGCCCCACUGCUACCCCCAAACUACACACUGCUGUGCAGGUAGACGUGUUCACUGUUGUGUAUCUGAAGUUUGACUCCCUGCUGGCACAUGAAGUGAGGCAAACGUUAGCCCUGAUGGAAGGCCAGAUGGAUGGGAAAGUUGCACAAAGCCUGUUUCAGGUUUACCUGAGCUUGAAGGGCAUCCAUAAGGACAAGGCUUUCCUGCAGAAAAGCUGUGUGUGGUGGUGAAUGACCUGGAGCAUUUACGGGAAGUACUGAGCAAGCUUCCUAAACAACUGAACUUUGAAGGACUUCAGAUUCUCACUAAACAUGUCAUUGGAGACARUCAGUUCAACAACACCCUGGAUCUACAGCUGAAACAAGCCCAGAGCCUCCUGAAGAGAGAGAUCCGCUCUGCUAUAGACACACUKGGGAUAAAGUUAGACGCAGACAUUGAGACUCAUGUUCGAAGCAUGUCGACUAGGAGAAGAAUCCCCUCCAAGUCCACAGAGGAUGCUGCUGCCCCUUUGAUGCGUUACCUGGAACAGGAGCUGCAGUACAUGAAUGAAAACUUAGUUCAGAGGAACUUCAACAGUCUCCUGAAACCUUUAUGGGACAACUCAGUGAAAAUCCUCCACCAGCUGUCCACUCAGCACCCACAGACAGAGGGACUCAUGGUGUUCUGUCAGAGACUGCUGUACACGCUGCAGUGUCUGGAGCAGUGCUUUCAUGCUGAGGGGAACGGACUUUCUUUAGACGUUCUGCACUCUGAUGAGUACAAGAGUCUGAAGACUUUCCUCACACACAACUCUCUGAGCAGCCAGCAGCUCCUCGACAAGUUCUUCAAGAAAAAGAUAACAGAGCAGGUGAGUUUCAAACAGUCCACACA